GAACGCGUCGCCACCGUCGUGCGUUGGACUCGAUUCAAACCCAUCUCACGUGCAUCCCCCGGUUUGAAGCCUUGCGCCUGCGCGUAAAGGCGCCGAGAGCUUUCCAAGUGCUGAAAUGAAGGGAAAAAAGGCGUUCCUUUCCCAUUCCUCCACAGCGGAGUUUCCUCUACCUGAGGAACACGUUUCUCCUCAGUGAGUAAGGACCCGGUCACCCGUCAGGACGCAGAGACGCGCGGUCGCCAAACGGAUUCCAAACCACCGCGUCAGGCGACGUCGCCACACGCGACGUGAUGGUUCCGCUCACCUGCUGCCGCUCAGCGGUCCGCUUCUCCCCGUCGGAGUUUCCUCAAAACUAAACAAUGAUUUGGGGCUAUAUCCUGGAGUGUCUCCUGCGUUUUUAUUUCACACAGAAACAUUUGAGAACCGUCGACUCGGUCAGGAGGAAGGCUGCGUCCCGGGGUGGAUUAUGUUUCUGACUGACGCCAACAUAUGGAAGAAAUUAAGAAAUUAAGACCUCCAGAAAACCUAAAGGAAUGAAUCGCUUCUUCGUACAAGUCCUGACAGCUUUAGUUGCAUGUUUUAUGGAGACCAUCAAGUUCAGGUCGGUCGAUGCCAAGGAACACGAGUCCCGAGCAUCGAACAUGUCUCCGUCGGACUUUCUAGAUUCAUUGAUGGGUCGAACCUCGGGCUACGACGCACGAAUACGACCGAAUUUCAAAGGUCCGCCCGUCAACGUCACCUGCAACAUCUUCAUCAACAGCUUUGGUUCCAUCGCAGAGACCACCAUGGACUACAGGGUGAACAUCUUCCUGCGGCAGAAGUGGAACGACCCGCGGCUGGCCUACAGCAAGUACCCCGACUCCUCCCUGGACCUGGACCCCUCCAUGCUGGACUCCAUCUGGAAGCCCGACCUCUUCUUCGCCAACGAGAAGGGCGCCAACUUCCACGACGUCACCACCGACAACAAGCUGCUGAGGAUCUUCAAGGACGGCACGGUCCUGUACAGCAUCAGAUUGACGCUCAUCCUCUCCUGCCCCAUGGAUCUGAAGAACUUCCCGAUGGACGUCCAGACGUGCACCAUGCAACUGGAGAGCUUCGGCUACACCAUGAACGACCUGGUGUUUGAGUGGCUGGAGAACGGCGCCGUGCAGGUGUCCGACGGCCUGACGCUGCCGCAGUUCAUCAUGAAGGACGAGAAGGAGCUGGGCUACUGCACCAAGCACUACAACACUGGUAAGUUCACGUGCAUCGAGGUGAAGUUCCACCUGGAACGGCAGAUGGGCUACUACCUGAUCCAGAUGUACAUCCCCUCGCUGCUCAUCGUCAUCCUGUCCUGGGUGUCCUUCUGGAUCAACAUGGACGCCGCACCCGCCCGCGUGGCGCUGGGUAUCACCACCGUGCUCACCAUGACCACCCAGAGCUCGGGGUCCCGCGCCUCGCUGCCCAAGGUCUCCUACGUGAAGGCCAUUGAUAUCUGGAUGGCCGUGUGUCUGCUCUUUGUGUUCGCUGCCCUGCUGGAAUACGCAGGAGUUAAUUUCGUCUCCAGGCAACAGAAAGAGUUCCUCCGAUUGAGGCGGAGACAGAGGAGGAGUCAGAAGGACGAAGAACUGCGGGAAGGCCGCUUCAACUUCUCCGGCUACAACAUCACCCAGUGUCUGGCCAUGAAGGACGGCUCGUCCAAUAAGAACGCGGCCUCCGCCCCUUGCCCCGCCCCGCCGGCCGUGAAGGACAUAGAUAUGGUGAGGAAGAAGUUUGUGGACCGCGCCAAGAGGAUAGACACCAUCUCCCGGGCCGCCUUCCCCCUGGCCUUCCUCAUCUUCAACGUUUUCUACUGGAUUACCUACAAGAUCAUCCGGCACGAGGAAUUCCACAUCCAAAAAAAAGAGUAGCCCCCCCCCCCCCCCCCCCCCCGACCCCACCCACACCGGGGCUCGGCCCGUCCUUCUGUGGCCGGUGGUGUCACCCCAUGGAGGUGUGGAGAGAACUCUGACCAGGACCGAGGCGUUGCUCGUUCAGGGAUAAAUGUAGAGCAGAGGUGUACCGCGCGCCGACGCCCCGCUCUGAUGAGGAGGUCCGACGAGGUGGAGGGACGAGGUGUCGGGCGAUGGGUGGUUGUUGUUUAUUGGUCUUAGUUUGUUUCGUUGAUGCGGUCGAUGCACUGCUGCGUCAUGUUGUCCUCUGGACUUCACCACCGAUCUCUCUGACUGGAGGACGAGGAGGAGUCCUCUGGACCCAAAUUGUAUUCCAAAAUAUCACUGCCUUGAGAUCCGUACAAUCAACUAGUGGAGGAACCUCCCAGGGGUUUCUGUGUUUAGGAAGUAAAAAACCUAACGUAGAGGAGGGCUGAGGCUGCAGAAAAAGAAAAGAGUAUUUCAUAUAAAGGGUGUUUUCAAGUAUUUUCUAUAGUAUUAAUGUCACACACUUCUGCAGUAUUUAUAUAACAUUAAAUAUUACAUUUAUAGACCGUGGAAGAACCAAGCACACACUGUAUUCUACACACAUAACGAUCUUUCAGGCAUGUGUACAAAUCGGAUCUAUAAUUGGCAUUUUGUGGUGCAUUCCAGUAAUCAACACGGAGCCAUAUAGAAACCCCUAAUCUCACACAGCGACAUGCUUACCUUUUCCAUAACUGCAUACUAAGUUAUCGGUCUUGUAGCUUUCCAUCUUGGGGCUGAGUAUAAUUGUUUGCAGUUGACGGUCACCUGAAUUAUACGACAGGUGCAGCCGUGUCCCCUUUUCCCCAUCGCAGAUCAAUUUCUAACAAAUCAUGAAUGUUAAAAAAUGAUCAAAUGCUGAGCCAAUGUAGAGGAAGUGUUUUAUGAAUACACACUCUGGUGAGCCUGCUGUACCAUGUCAACCCAUAUAUGCCAGUGAACUGGUUUUUCUAUUAUAAACAGGUAAAUACGUCAGAUGUCUUGAUAUGGUUUUAGAGUUGGAGUGUAUGUUUUUGUAGAUUUUAGUCAAACAAUAUAUUUAUUAUUCUACUAGGACGUGUGUGUGUGUGGGGGGGGGGAUAUGUUAUCUUUAUGUAUGCUUCUAUCUUCCUCUAAGCUGUAUUUAAUGCAUCGCCUCACUUGCUGUGUUCCUAGAUGGCCAUGCGUUAGUGGAGUAAUGCAUCCCUGAAGAAGAGAUGAUAAUAUUAAUGAUAUGAGGCAGACUUCUGGUCUCUACUGUGGCUGCAGAAACUCCUUUCAUGAAGACUGUUCCUUAAAACGGUCGUUUACUACCCAUCAGUUGAGUUGUGCAUCACAUCUACUUAAAACAAUAAAAACAAACAAAUCAAAAGCAGAA